UUUAUCCACCAUAAACUAUUUUUAACAAAGUCGAGUAAAACUUUAAAAAUAAAUAGGUAGAGUUUGACUUCCAAAUGUUAUGUUCAUCACCAUUAUAUACAACACGGAAAAACAAAAGUGGAAAAAAAUAAACCACAAAAUCCCAUACACAAAACUACACAACGAUCAAUAACUUAUCCGGCUCCGCGCUCGCUAUACCCCUAGUUAGUCAUAGCACGACUCUUCUGUUUCUUUGAAUCAGUGAGAUGUAGUUUGUAUAUUAAUUCACUGAUGAUGUCCAAUACUGGAAUAUUUGUUGUUUAUUUCAGGAAAGCACAAGUUAAAAUAAUGCUAAAUAUAUAAUAAAAUCAAAGCUAGCUAGUGGUUUGUAUUAAACUACUAAAUUAUUUUUGUCAAAAGUAUUAAACUACUAAUUGUGCAAGGACAAAAAGAAAAUGCCAAAAUGCUUGCUUGGACCAUUUGCUUUGUUUAUAAAACUAACAGAGUAUAUUAACAAUAAAUCAAGCUACCUUUCGUUACAUUAAAUAAAUUGAAAUGAUCCUCCAUGACAUGUAAGCAUUAAUUUGUGUCGUUUGGAAUAUUUGAAGGCUGCUCAUCUUUGUAAUUGUUAUAUAAGUGGUUAAUAACGUUGAGUGGUAUAUACUUUUGCGACCAGAUACAACGUCGAUCACAUCUGAAAUCAUAUUGAGAAAUGAUUUACGGCCGUUUCGACUGUUAGAUUUGAACAUUUUAUUUUUGGAGUAUUAGUUGCGGUUAUGUUUUAAUCCCAUAAGUGUUUUUAUUUUAUUUUACCCCAUGAAUUUAUCUGUGAAAUAAUAUUAUACUUGUCAAAGAAUAAGUUACUCAUGUAAUGACAUAGAACCAGUUGUUGGUAGAUUUUGAUUGGAGCAUUAAUUAAUUAACUAUUCCAUCAAUUAAUCACAAAGAAGAAGCUUGACUAGUUGGCCUUUUCAUUUCCGAAAUCAAACUCAAUUCUUCUCCUUCUCGUUUGUUCUUUCUUUCUCUUAAUGCUAAAUUUUCACAAUUUUUUCAUAGCUCUCUUUAUGCUACGUAAGAAAUCCAUAAUAUAUGUUCUAAAAAAAAUACAAAAUAUGGAAAACAUCAAAAACCCUAAAAACACGGAUGAUCCUGAUGGCAUGUCGAGAGACAGUCAUCAAAGCGUUGAUAAUUCCCUGCCAAGAUCUUACACAUGCAGUUUCUGCGUAAGGGGCUUCUCGAAUGCUCAAGCACUAGGAGGGCAUAUGAACAUCCACAGAAGAGACAGAGCUAAUCUCAGACAAAAGCUUAUGGAAGAUAAUAAGGAUGAUGUUGUCGCCGAGAGUGAUUCAUCAGAAGUUGUCUCUCUAGACCUUAAUGAAAAACAACAAGAAGACGAUUUGGCACGUGAUGAUGAUGAUCAAGAUCAAGAUCAAGGUGUUGACAAAAAUAUAAUCCCUGGUCAGAAACUAGGCUUUUGGGUUCAAGAAAACAAGGUUGAUAUUAAUGCUGAUGGAAAAGUCACGGAGGUUAGCAGCAUAGAUGGUUCGAGUUCGAGUCAUCAUCUUGAGAAUGAAAAUUUGGAUCUUGAGCUCCGGUUAGGUCAAAGGGCCGUGGAGACGAAGACAACAUAAUCUCUCAACGGUCAUCAUACGUUGAAUAUAUAUCGAAAGGAACAAAAACCUUGAAACAUCAAACUAAAGAAUCCAUCUAUAUGGAUUCGUGGAUCAUCGAUCUGUAUGUAUUGAAUUUGAAGGUAUGCAUGUGUAUCUAUUAUUGCUGCCAUUAUCAUCUUUUUGUUUAUAUUUGUUUCCUUGCUUCUGUUAGUUUCAGCAACUUUGUAAGACAUACACGUCCAAACAAACAUAUAAACAAAUAAAUGCAGAUCUAGCAUUUGCCUAAUGAUUGUUAAUGGGAAAUAAAAUAACGUUAACUUAGUUCAAAAGUAUUGACAUUAUUCAUCAGUGAUAGAGAUCAUUCUGAGUAGUGCGGUGAGAAA